AUUACCGCUCAAAUUAAAAGAAAAGAAAAUCGUAACGGUAUUAAAACCUACGGGCCCAAAGGCAAAAAGCCGAAAACAGAAGCUAUAAAACCCCCCUGUUGUCACUGCUGGCUGGUGUGCUUUGCAAAAUGCUAUCCAAAGGAAUUGGAGCAAUUGCAGCAAGAUCUUUGUCCAUGGCUCACACUCCCAGGCAUAAACCCAGAUGGGUUUUCACUCCUCUUUUAUUUUCUUCUUCAGCAUCCAAAGGAAGAAAGCUGGUUCUCUACUCAAAGCCUGGUUGCUGUUUAUGCGAUGCCCUCAAAGAAAAACUCCACGCCGCCUUCUCACUGUCCGGCCCAGACUCCCUCCACGACGUCGUUUUACAGCUGAGGGAUAUUACCAGCAAUCCUGAGUGGGAGAAGGCAUACCAAUAUAAGAUACCCGUUUUAGCCAAAGUACUGGCUGAUGGCACUGAGGAAAUACUGCCUAGAUUUUCUCCCCGACUUGGGGUGGAGCUUGUCCAAAAGAAGAUAGCAGCUGCUUUUAGACAGUAAGAGAUGGCAUGGCUUCAUAAACUGGAAGGUCAUCAUGGUCAAGUAACUCUUAAUUGAGGGUUGAUCGUCUUUGCAAAGUUGAAUGAUCUUCAUCUUCAAAUUCUCAUCAUGACUUGCAAAGUCUUUCCUUAUCAUUACAUCACUAUUAUCUUCUACAGGCGGGCGUAGCCCAGUUUACACGUGGGAAUCUACCAUUCUCAAGGGUACUCAAGGGGAUCGGUUGUCAUUACUAAACAUAAGCAGUCUAUAUUUAAAUCGAGGUAUUUUAAUUGGUGUUCAAUACUCAAGCGCUUUCUUGAUAUAAACAUACAAUAAGUGAUUUGAUUUUUAUAGAAUUAUGCCUUCCAUUAUAGUAGCUUAUUUCAGUAAAUCUUGCUAGAAUAGCUUUUCUUUCGUGGAUCAAUAAUCUGUUAAUAAUUUCAUAAGCUUUUUUAUGUAGAUGAUCCACUAUUGUGACGACUGUAAAGCAUAUUAUUUAUUGAUUGUUAGGUUUAAGUAAUUAACCUGUCGUGCGUUCAUUCUCUUAGUAUCUUCUCUCUCUCAUUGCCAAGGGAAAGCAGCUCAUACUUGGACACCCAGCCAUGAUCUCUCACUUCAAUCAUUCUAAGAAAGCCAAUAGAACAUCACACUCAACUGAUAAAGUUUUUCCCACUUUGGAUCGCCUUCUGAUUUCUACUAACAUGACAGAAUUCUCUGCUUUAGAUCAAUUUCUAUGUUCUAUAAGCAAUUUUGCAAUUUUACAAGUCCAUGGAUCAUCCCAUCCCACCACCAUGUUUUAUUAACAACUAAAUUAUUUGUGGAUUUCAAUUUUGCAUACAAUCAUUAGGACAAAUUUUAAGUAUAAAAAUUGUAAAUAUAAUUCAUAUCAUACCUUUUGCACUCUGCAUUCUGUGAUCAGCAUAUCAUCAAGGUAAUUUAUAUGCCCUAUUUGUUUAAGAUUUCUUUUGAUUUUUUUUUUUUGAAUGAUUCAUUUGAUUUAAGUAUAAGAAAACAUAAGAAUUUAAUACUUGCAUGAAAACAAUUCUUUUGCUAUCAUAUUCAUACCAUAUCUCCAUAGAACUAACCUAAGCAACCAAGACCAAUCAUUUUCCUAGGUGUUGAUUUGUUCAUCCCUUUAAAUCAUGCACUCCAAACUUUGUCGUCCAAGCAACUUUUUCAUAUUCCAUUUUUCCUUUUGGAUGCAACAUAAGCCUCGUGAAUAUCUGUGAAUUUCAUAUCUGGCCUUAUCCGAUUUCAGUAGUUUGGGAAGAUCUGAUUUGCCAUCUUCUUUUUGAAAACUGAGGAACAAUUUCACUUUGUUAUUUAUUACUGCAAUUGCAAAGGAAUUGAUGGUUUGUGAUUUGCUGGUGUAGUGUUCCAGGUGCACCUUUUGAUUUUACAAUUGUAUUCUGAUGGAUGGGAGCCUAGAAAAUAGAUAGCAUUGCUUUUGGCUUGUUCAACCACAACUCCACAAGUUUGAAAUGACAUUUUUCCAACCCUUUUCAGAGUGCUUUUCUUAUGAAUGAUCUGUAUUGCCAAACAUUUCCAAUUGGGUGUGGAUAUGCAUGUUUGUCUGUUUCUUCUUGUCAAAAAGUUGCUGGAACAAUUAUAGGCUAGCUGAAAUAUUGGAUUCCAUUGGUUCAUCGGAAGAAUCCCACUAAUUAUCUCAUAAAAUCCUUUAGGAUCCUGGAAGCUGAAAGCCACCAUUCUCAAAUUGUACAUUGUCCUUGGACUCCUACUCAACUUGUGAUAGUAUCAAGAGGCCAUUAUUAUUUCUUUCUGCAAAACCAGCUUUUGGAGCGGACAAUACAACGCUUAAAUGUCUAAAGACUUUUUUUUUUCUUAUUCGAUAUGAAAAUGAAGCACUUUAUAUUCUUUUAGAAUGUUUGACGUGACAUUAGGGAACAUGAUGUCAAUUACUGAAAGAAAACGAUGUUUCAAGAAAUGAUGAGACAAAACAUUAGUGAAAGGAAGCAAGAAAACAAGAAAAUCUCAUGCAAUAAACAGAUUGUAUCUUAUGCGACACGUUCGAAAGACUGAUAAAGCAUUAAAGCAAAGGAAAGCAUUCUUGAUUUUUUUUUUCCUGAAUAACAUGUUACUUUUUCAAGUGUGCAAGUUAGGUCUCCCAAACUCAAUUAGUUAAUCAUGGACUUGAGCUGAUUUUUCCUUAAAUUCCUUGCUGCCUUGACAUCUUAAAAACAGAUUAAUUAAACAACAUUGGACAAUAAUUGGCUACUCUAUUUUGAACCAGAUUGCUUCAAAGGCAGAAUAUUUUUGCCAUGAUUACAUCAAAUUGUCAUCACUGAGUUUGUCCUCUAUGUAUAUAUUACCAACAAUCUACAUAAUGAAUUUGAACCAUAGCUCAGUUGUUUUAUGCAACAAACUUUAAGAUUUAAUAUCUAGCAAAUUUGAAUUCAAAUUUCAGCAUUUAUAAUUUUUUUUUAUCCCUUCAUACAUACGAUCUCGCUUGUAAAAAAAAAAAAACUGCAGAACGAACAAGAUUGGUUUAGACUUUUAGACUUAAGACCAGCCUAGACAUGACAGAGAGCUUCAAAAGACAAGCUUUAUACUUAGGAGAAUAAAAGCCAAAAAGGGCUGUCAAACCCUGCAUUUUCCUUUCUUUUCGAUCUCUUUUCUUUUACAACUCUUUUAGUCUUUAUUGAAAAUGCCGCAAUAUAUCAACUUGAAAUCAAGGGAAAAAAAGGACAAAAACCCUACAACUAAGAGGAACUUUCUACAACAAUUUGAUUGAUUGCCUCUGCCAUCUUAUUUGUACUUACAA